UCUCCGGUAUAUAUAUCCACUGCACAGCCCUCAUAAAUUGUACUAUUAUCUAACUGAAUUACUUCGAAAAUGGGAAGAAAGAAACGGCCAGAUACGACGUCGUCUCAAAGUACGACGACAUUGCCUCAAGAAACUCAAGUACACUUCAGCCACCCCCACAUCUUGAAACUUGUCAAUCCAACUGAAAGUGAAACUCUCACUUGCAAUGCUUGUGAACAACAAAACACUAAUAACAAACCUUUCUAUGGCUGCAACGCCUGCCAAUAUUUCCUCCACGAAAACUGCCUCAACGCUCCGCGUUUUCUCGAUCACUCAUCUCAUCCUUCCCACCCUUUAACCCUUCACCCGAUGCCAACUUACCCGACUCGUUCCUAUCUUUGCAACGCUUGUGGAUCUGCUGGCAACGCAUUCAGCUUUAGCUGUGCCCGUUGCCAGUUCGAUAUCCACGUGCAAUGUGCGUCUUGUCCGAGCUCAAUACUCGUUGACAAACACGCACAUCAAUUAGAGCUCAUAUUCGGUUCUCCUUACCAAGAUAAGGACAUCGAAUAUUUUUGUGAUAUCUGCGAUGCAGUAAUGAACAAGGACAACUGGUUGUACUAUUGCGCUGAUUGUGAUUUCGGGGCGCACUUGCAGUGUGCUAGCCCUGAACUUGUUGUUUACCCAAGAAGCCAACCAAUUAUUCCAAAUCCAAAUCCAAAUCCAAUUCCAAAUGCAAAUUCAACACUAGAGAUUUUAAAUUCAGUUAAUGAAGCUAAUCAGCAGGUUUUUGAAGCUCAAGUUGCUACCCGGAUGAUGGCACAAUUAGGACAAGAUAUGCUGGAGUCGGUCAGGCCAACACGAAGAUAUUAUUACUACUGAUCACUCUAUAUAUCGUCAUCAUCAUCUCUAAUGCAUGAUGCAU